AUGGCCAAGCUCCCGUCGAAGGUGCACCUCAUCUUGCACCCCAUCUGCCUGAUGCUCCGUGGGCACUCGGUGUAUGAGGACGAAGACCAGCGCACGUGGCUGCAUCACGUCAUGGAGACAGGAGGUGUCCUGCAAGUACAGUUGCGCCAGGAAGACAUCCCCAGUUGGCAUAUCUCACUCAACACCAGCCCUCUGACCUAUAUCACCAUGUGGACGCUCCACCCUUGUGGCCAGUACGUGGAUCCCAUGUGCCGGUUCUGGAGCAUCGUGCACCACGUCAAGGAGAAUGGCGUGGAGGAAAUGAUCCUUGAGCUGAUGCAGAAUGGAGUGGAGGAAAUGAUCCUUGAGCUGAUGCAACACUCGUAG